AUGAAUCCCCAUCAAUUCCAGAUAGAUGAACCCCUCCAAUGUAAGCACCUGGCUCAGCCGUCCAUUCCGCAAUUUGUCGUCUCAUGCUCAUUAAUGGGCUGGCUACUCAUCUGUUACCUUCCACAAUGGGCCCGUAUAGUCUCCCGCAGGUCGGCAGAAGGCUUGUCAACCUAUUACAUCCUUCUAUGGUCCCUCUCCGGGGUUUGUGCAGUGGGCAACAUCAUGAUGCUACCGUCCAGUGCCGUUGAAAUGGGUUGUUGCAGGACCAGUUCCCGCUUCGCUUGUAUCAGUGGCCUUCUCGGCAUGCUUCAAGUCAUCUUCGGCAUCGCCUGUUUUUGGGUUGUCCUCUUCAAGUACGUUUAUUACUCCGAGGAAGAAGCCGAAGCAGAGAUCCAAGGACGCCGUGCAUCCAUCUCCGGUCCAGAUCGAACGUUCCGCCGAGCAAAACGAGCGAUCGCAGUCCUCCUCGCAGCAUGCAGCUUCGCCAUGACAAUUCUCUUGAUCUCGGCCAUGAUCCUGCAUCGCUUUCCGUGGGUUGCACAGACGUGGGCUAAUAUCUUGGGUAAUGCCGUGGCUUGCUUUGCAUGUGUCCAGUGGGUACCACAGGUCCGAACAACAUGGCAUCUGGAGCAUCUCGGAAGUCUCAGUCCGACGUCUCUUUGUCUGAUGGCUCCGUACAAGUGGAUCUUUGGAAUCAACAUAAUGAUUCGGGUCGGGCUCAAGGACUGGAGUGCCUGGAUUGUAUAUGUCUUGGUGGGGACUAUGCAAAUCGUUCUCAUCGUGAUGGCUAUUUGUUUCGCGGUCAGAGAUCGCAAGUUGGCCAAAGAGGGUAAACAGCAUUGUUCAGCGGCCCCCGAGUUUGAAGGUUGGAACACUGUGACCACCUGGACAUCUCGUUCUCGUCAAACAUCGAUCCUGUCGCAUACGGCAUCUAAUAUCGCCCCCGACGAACGCAGUCCUCUUAUUCGAAAUCAACCAAGUCCUCACAAGAGCUCAUCUAAGCAAGUCAGCCAUCAUUCACAACGACGUGAGUGUCGCGAUGACGACUCGGUCAAUAGCUUCAAAGCAGACAUGGCGUAG